AUGAUAGUGAAAUGCUACGAGUUCGAGAACCUUGGCCUGAAACGGCUUAAAGGUGAUCUCUCAAUAAUUGCAGCUUUUGACAAAAUAUAUGACUUUAAUGACUACCUGAUCAACCUUCUUACCAAAUUCAACAUGAAAGCAGGAAGACGGAAGGCAAUGUGGAGGACCCUGUGUUUUGCAGUGAUUUUAACGCUGACUAUUUUUCUGUGGAAAAUUGUUUCAACUUUGAGCUUCAGAUUUUCGAUGCCGUUGACUCAUAUGACUGACUCGGAAAAGGUCUUGUCAGAAGGAGAAUUUUAUGUGCUGAAGAACGUCUUCAACUAUAAAGAGAGCCAGCAAGAACGUACGGGACUAAGAAUGCUCUCUGCACUCUACAAACAUCUACCAGCUGUUAGAGCAAAGUACUCAGUCAUGUCGCCACAAAUACCGAAGUUUAUUGCUGAACUCGAGGAAGAUUUAAAAGAAAAAGGCAUUACAAAAAAUCCUUGGAAAUUGGCACGUAAGUGGGCGAAGCCAGCCUCGCUGACCCCGGCGUCGGCCCCUGGUCUGGGCGACGUGCUGGCCGCCCUCUCAGCCGCCAACAUAACAUCUGCUGAUCUCAGCGACAAAGGAUCACAGCUCAAGAUUAUACUUCAACUUGAAGGAGGACAGACUGUUAUUUUUAAACCGAUGAGAUAUUCCCGAGAUAAAAGUUUAGAAGACGCCUAUUUUACCUUCGAUCGUCAUAAUGGGGAAAUUGUCGCCUUCCACUUGAGCAGAGUGUUAGACAUGCGAAUGGCACCUCUCACUGUAGGUCGAAAAAUAUCAUUGGAAACUGAAAUAUUGCCCGUUUCAACGCAAAGACUUUCGGACACAAUCUUUCGCAACGAGGAUGUAGAAAAUGUUCCAGUAAUAAGCCAACACCCCCUCCCCCACCCCGCCUGGUAUGUUUCAGACGGAGAUCUCUGCUUCUUCGGAAACUGUGUGUACUGCAACAAGAAAUGGCCAGCGUGCGAAAAGGACCAUAAUCUCGAGGGCGCAGUCAUCAUGUGGCUUCCGGCACAUUACAUAUCGUCAGAACCCCACCAUCCUUGGGGACGAACGUAUAUAAAAAACAAGCUAGCUGACUGGGAAAAGGACGAACACUACUGCCAGGCCGUUCUUCGCAACUUCCACCCGCGGAAACUUCUGGAUCUCAUUGAUGCGGCAGUUUUCGAUUUCCUGAUUCAGAAUGUCGACAGGCAUCACUUCGCUCAGACCUCGGGCGCGAAGGACUCUCCUGUGGUUUUGAUAGACAAUGCGAAAAGCGUUGGAAAUGCCUUUGUUGACUGGAUGGAUAUCCUCGCACCAAUUCUACAGUGCUGCAGAAUGCGGAGGACUACUUAUGAAAAACUCAUAUUCCUGAGCGGCGGCGGGUUAUCCCAGGUAAUGCAAGAACUACUCGAUUACGACCCCGUGGCACCUGUUCUCACGCCCGCCCACCUGCGCGCCUUCGACCGGCGGAUUUUGCACAUCUUGGCUGCUAUGAACGCCUGCAUGGUAGCGAAAGGGGGUUGGAAUGGCGUCCUCUUCUAAGGGGUAAAUUGUUUGUGGUUGAUAGUUAAAACAAAUGAAUGUGCUAGAUGACUAAUGGUUUAAUCAAAUAAAUGUGAUAAGACAAUGUCCUUUUAUAGGAGGGGUCAGAAACGUGGAUUUUUUUUUCUCUCUGUCGAUAUAUUCUAUAAAUGGUUGGGUGAAUAUUCUUGGUCCUGUGAUAACUUUCUAAUGUACCGUCGCUGAGUCACAAUGAUGAUUUAUUCAUUGAUUUUCAUGGUUGUUGGAAAAAAGGGCGACUUGGAAACAUUGUUGCUCAUCAAAUUUCCUAUGUGAUUCGGCUUGAUUUUGUCUCCAUGGUAAUUUUUCUGCGAGUGAAUAUUACGACUCUGGUUUUUGAGAGUGUGAUAAAAUUUAGAUAUUAGUUUUUAGGGAUAUUUUUGUAUGGCUAUGCGAUUGGGAAGUUAUGAAGAAAAUGUAUCUUUGGCAUUUGUCAAUUUCUCGAUCUGGUUAGUAAAUCGUGGGCAAUGAAGUUUUAAAAAUCCAAUGAAUAUAUGUGGCCGUUCAUUAUAUUUAA